AUGGACCCCUGUGCUGUCCUGGGAGGAUCCAGCUCAGGAUAUGUGCCCGAAGGGAGUGUGAGAGGCCAAGACACCAACACCGAUCUGCCCGAGUCCAGCUGCUUGCCUGCCCUUGCCUGCUGCUCCACCAAAGCUCACAGCCGGGGACCACAUCCCACCACCUACCCACAUCCAGCCCUGGAGGUGAACCACAUGGCUCCAGCUCCCACACCAGCCACGCUGGAGGCUGAGGAAGACCCCUGCAGGGUGGAGGUGAGCGACAUGGCCAUCGAUGGAGUCACGCUGCUCAUCUGCCUCUGCGGGCUGCUGGGCAACAGUGCUGUCCUCUGGCUCCUCGGCUUCCGCAUCAAGAGGAACCCCAUCACUGUCUACAUCCUCAACCUGGCCGUAGCUGACUUCACCUUCCUCCUCUUCAUGGUCAUCUCAUCCACCCUCUACAUGCUCGACAACGUCUGCUCCGCUGUGGUGGCCCCGAGGUACCUGAGGUCGCUCUUCCUGCUCUCUCUCUUCUCCUACAACAUGGGCCUGUACCUCCUGACGGCCAUCAGCAUCGAGAGGUGUGUCUCCGUCCUCUACUCCAGCUGCCACCGCCCCCAGCACUUAUCAGCCGUGGUCUGUGUCCUGCUCUGGGCUCUCUCCGUCGCUGUCAUCGCUGCGGUGACUUCUCUGUGCCUGCUGCACGAGCACCAGCCCUGCCAGAUGGCUCUCAUCUCCAUGUAUGCCCUCAACUUCCUCAUCUUUGCACCACCCAUGGUCAUUGCCAGCACAAUCCUCUUCAUUAAGGCUCGUUGUGGUUCCCAGCAGCACCAGCCCUGGAUGCUCUCCAUCGUUAUCUUCCUCACCGUCCUCUUCUUCCUCCUCUUCGCUCUUCCCCUCAGCAUCUGGAGUUUCCUGCAGCAGUUCAGCUACUCCUUUGCUUCCUCCCAGGUUGUUUUCUUGCUUGCCUGCAUCAACAGCAGCAUCAACCCCUUCAUCUACUUCUUGGUGGGGAGCUGCCGCAGGCACUGCUCCUUGGUGUCCCUCCAGGUGGCCUUCCGGAGGGUCUUUGAGGAGCUGGCAGAGGGCAAUGACACCACCAUGGACACGCUGCCCCCAGCCUGCUGAAGCUUCUCCACCGCUCUGCUUAGGGCCCUGGGACAGUGCCUGAGGUUUUCUCUGAGCAGCCAGGUUAAUGCAUGCCUGAAGAGCUUCUCCUGAUGCCAUCCUCUCCAUGUCACCCUCUCAGGGUGUCACCCUGUCCCCGUGCAGAAGAGGAGAACGGGGACAUCACCAAGGUCAAUGUGAGCAGGGAUGCUCUGCAAGGAGUGUGCUGGAGCAUGGAGCUCCUCCUCCCUGCCAGCCCAGCCCAGCUCCUAGGGCACUAUUCCCCCGAGGAGAGCAUACUCCAGAAGCUCAAGUGCUCCUGGGCUUUGGGAAUCUCUGGCUCAUG